UCUCCAGCUCCACCUUUCUUCCAUGAUGCAUACCGCAGUAGUUGCAGCUCUUGUUCUCUGCCUCUUUGCAACUGAAGCCACAUGCUCCAGUGCGCAGACACCAACACACAACAUCUCCUCCUGCCUCCUGUCCAAUGGCGUCAAGAACUUCUCCCUCCCUACAGAUCCAAGCUACAUGCCACUCCUCGACUCCUCCAUCAGAAACCUUUGUUUCGAGCUCCCGGGCGUCGGCAAGCCGGCCGCCGUCGUGCUCCCGGCCUCCAAGCGGGACCUCCAGCGAGCCAUCCUGUGUGCACGUUCCAGCUCGCUGGCCAUCCGCGUGCGCAGCGGCGGCCACAGCUACGGGGGGCUGUCGUACACCACAGAGAACCACGUCCCCUUUGUGGUGAUCGACCUCACGAACCUGAACCGGGUCCAGGUCGACUCGGGCUCGGGCACGGCCUGGGCCGAGUCCGGUGCGACCCUGGGCGAGCUGUACUACGUGGUAGGCCGGUCGAACCGGACCCUGGCGUUCUCGGCCGGGUCGUGCUCGACGGUUGGCAUGGGCGGCCACACCUCCGGCGGUGGGUUCGGGCUGCUGUCGAGGAAGUUCGGGCUCGCCGCCGACAACGUCUUGGAUGCGAUCUUGAUCGAUCCAAGUGGUAAUGCCCUUACCCGUGAGUCCAUGGAUGAUGACGUGUUCUGGGCCAUUCGAGGCGGCGGUGGAGGGAGCUGGGGUGUGGUGUAUGCUUGGAAGCUCCGGCUUGUUCCGGUUCCCAGCAACAUCACUGUGUUCAGCUUGGGUCGGACCGGUCCGGUCGAACGCAUUGCCGAGUUGAUGCACAAGUGGCAGUACGUCGGGCCCAAUCUACCCGAUGAGUUCUACCUCUCAACAUACAUUGCGUCAGGGUCGUCAAAUGGUAACCUCUCCAUGUCAUUCACUGGCCAAGUUCUAGGGCCAAAGCAUCUCGCCAUGUCAGUGCUAAGCCGAAGCUUUCCUGAGCUGGGCCUCGCCGAGUCAGAGCUAUCGGAGUCGAGUUGGCUUGAGUCGGCGGUGAAGUUCGCGGACCUCGACUCAGUCUUGAACCUCACAAAUCGACAGCCCGGUGUGGGGCAAUAUUCGAAGAGGAAGUCCGACUACGUGCAGGCACCAAUCUCGAUGCAAGACGCGAUCAAGAUCAUCCAAUACCUAUCGACCGCGUCACAGGGGUCCAUCCUGUUGGACCCCUACGGCGGGGCCAUGGCACGGGUAGGGAGCACCGAGACGCCGUUCCCACACCGUGCCGGGAACCUCUACAGCAUCCAGUAUGCCGUGUCCUGGAAGGCCUCGGAUAUCGAUCGUGCAGACGAGUACAUCGGAUGGCUCAGAUCUUUCUACGCAUUCAUGGCGCCCUAUGUGUCGAAAGAUCCACGGGCCGCGUAUGUCAACUACUUGGACCUCGAUUUGGGAACGAAUGACUGGACGAAUGCUACCGGUGGAACGUCCAAUAACUCUGUGAGUCACGCGGCAUCUUGGGGCCAACGUUAUUUCUUGAGGAACUUUGACCGGUUGGUUCAGGCCAAGUCUAAGGUCGACCCUGAAAAUGUGUUCAACAAUGCACAGAGCAUUCCUCCUUUGCAUUACGAGAGACAACACUAAAUUAUUAAUGGCAUGUAAUGUAACUAUCAACAAUACAGUAAUAAAUAAUGUGGUUUGGAGGAGUAA